AUGGACGUUCCCAUGCCACAACGCCAACUAACGAAGGAAGAAAUAAAUAGAUGCUAUCUAAAGUGGCAGCAACUUCGAAAUGAACACGGUAAGAACGCUGCCAAUGUACCCGAAUUUAUCCAUCUAACUAAAAUUCUUCAUGUGGCUGCCAAACAACAACAAGAACAGAAGCAAAAGUUGCAACAGCAACAACAGCAACAACAGCAACAACAGCAGGUACACGUAGGUACACCACAAAACGACAAUAAGAACAACAGCGAACCUUGGCGUGUUGAUAACCCAAAUGGGUCUACAUUCUCUCAUAAUAAGGAACAACUGGAGACGUCAACAGACCAAAGGCCACCAAACUUCACAAUGAAUGGUACCGAGGGAAGUGCGUCUUCAGCAUCUCCCGCAACUAACCCACAAGUACAAUUUUAUAAAAAAGAAAAUAGUAACAAUGGUGCUUCCCAAAGAGACAAUUUUCAAUCGAGGACCAUUUCUGACAAUUCAAACUCGCCUGCCACAUCACCUAAGUCUCAAGUAGUUACACAAAAUAUGCCUGUGCGUAAUAAUAGUCAACCUAAUAAAUCAAUUAACUCCCCACAUACAAUUAACAAACCUAAUGAUAGACAAACGCAGCCAGCACCUCUAAAUCCAACACAACAGAGACCGGUUCCCCAAAACUCAAUAUUUACGCCACAACAAUCAGAAUUGCUAAGAGCUCAGAUUUCGGCUCUCAAAAGCCUUGUCAAUAACCAACCUGUCCCACAAGAAUAUCAAAAAGUCAUUCAACAAUCAAUUAACAAUCCACCUGAUUUCAAGCGCAUGCUACUCUCCUUGAGCGAUUUUGUCAAGAAAAAGCAGCUUAAUCAACAGAGUGGCAGCCCAGCUUCUGAAAUUCCAGAACCACAACCACAAGCGCAACCACCGGUGCAACCACCAACUGAACCGCAAGUGCAACCACAGGCGACACCACAGGCGCAAUCGCAACCACAUGCACAAUCACAGCAACAGGAUAAAAAUAGCACCUCAGAUAACGCCAAAAUUGAUACCAAUACAGCCUCAGCUAACACAUCAAUGACGGAAGAAAAACCAAUAAUUAAAACAGGGACAAAUACACCGAAUGUCACUCACGAACAAAUACCACCUGUUGGUGUACAAGGGACUAGCUCUAAUACACUCAGAGAAGAAACACAUAAAACAGAUACCCCAUCUCCAAGAACCAUACCAGGAUCUGUUACCCAUCAAAUUGCAACACCAAAUUUGAACAAACAAGAGAAUCAGAACCCUGAAACACAAAAUCAGUAUGCUUUGAAACCGCCAACAGAAAGAGUGCCAGACCCAUUGGUAGAUGGUGAGCUAAAACCUGCUCAACAACUACCUCCAGUACCCAUUCAAAAGUUUGUUGAAAAAUACCCAUAUGUUAAGAAUGUUGUAUCGAUUGAAGAUCCGGACUUAAUGGUUGAUACGUUUUCUAUUCCAACUAUCCCUGAGGAACCUGUUGAUUAUUAUUCCUUAUUCCCGAAUACUGCCAAUCCUAAACUGGUAAUGGAGCCAGGCAUGUUGCCUGCUGGCGUUGACAUUCAUACAGCAACAGAUAUUUAUCAAACCUUAAUAGCUCUCAAUCUUGAUACAUCAGUUAAUGAAUGCAUUUCUGACAUGCUCGACGAUAGUAAGGAUGAAAAUACCAAAGAGGAAACUUUAUAUGAUUAUUUUGCCUUGCAGUUAUUACCUCUACAGAAAGCUGUCCGUGGCCAUGUACUACAAUAUGAAUGGUAUCAGAAUUCCUUAUUAACGAAUGCUCAUCCUAACUUUUUAUCGAAGAUCAGAAAUAUUAAUUUCAAUGAUGUCUUAUUAACUAUAGAACUGUAUCGCAAACGUGAAGUAAUUAGACAAGAAGAAGAAAGCAAGAGGUAUCAACAAAAACUGACCAGAAUCAGAAAUUCCGUAGUCAAUACAUUUAACCACAAGGUUCACAGAAGAAAUAAAAGAAUAAAAUUGGGGCAUAAAUUAGUUGCCACACAUGCAAACAUUGAAAAGGAAGAACAGAAAAGAGCCGAAAGAAAGGCGAAGGAGCGUUUACAAGCAUUGAAGGCUAAUGAUGAGGAAGCUUAUAUCAAACUAUUGGACCAAACAAAAGAUACUAGAAUUACACAUCUUCUAAAACAAACCAACGCCUUUUUGGAUUCCUUAACAAAAGCUGUCAAGGACCAACAGAAGUACACCAAAGAUAUGCUAAACCAACAUCUUAUGGAGAAAAAGGAAGAAUCUGCUGAGCCUGUGGUAUAUAACGAUGAUCAAAUGUUAACGAUGAGUAUGAACGAUGAUGAUGAUGAUGAGGAAAAUAUAGACUAUUAUAACGUUGCCCAUAGGAUCAAGGAAGAAGUCAGACAACAACCAUCGAUAUUAGUUGGUGGUACGUUAAAAGAAUACCAAAUCAAGGGUUUACAAUGGAUGGUCUCACUUUUCAACAACCAUUUAAAUGGUAUUUUGGCUGAUGAAAUGGGUCUAGGUAAGACAAUUCAAACAAUUUCCCUACUGACUUAUCUUUAUGAAAUGAAAAAUAUAAAGGGACCUUUCUUAAUCAUUGUUCCUUUAUCUACCUUACCAAAUUGGAGCUCUGAAUUUGCAAAAUGGGCACCGAAAUUACGUACGAUUUCUUAUAAGGGCUCUCCUAAUGAAAGAAAGAUGAAGCAAGCACAAAUAAAAUCUGGUGAGUUCGAUGCUGUUAUCACAACGUUUGAAUAUAUUAUUAAAGAGAGGGCAAUUUUGUCCAAGGUUAAGUGGGUUCAUAUGAUUAUUGAUGAGGGUCACAGAAUGAAAAAUGCACAAUCAAAGCUGUCCCUUACAUUAAACACCUUCUACCACUCUGAUUAUCGUUUAAUUUUGACAGGUACUCCUUUACAGAACAACCUUCCAGAAUUGUGGGCUUUAUUAAACUUUGUUUUACCCAAAAUCUUUAAUUCAGCAAAGUCUUUUGAUGAAUGGUUUAAUACACCUUUUGCUAAUACUGGUGGCCAAGAUAAAAUCGAAUUAAGCGAAGAAGAAACACUAUUGAUUAUUAGAAGACUGCAUAAGGUCCUACGUCCUUUCUUAUUACGUCGUUUGAAGAAGGAUGUCGAGAAGGAGUUACCAGAUAAAGUUGAAAAAGUUAUCAAGUGUAAGAUGAGUGCAUUGCAGCAUGCAAUGUAUCAACAAAUGCUAAAACACAAACAGUUGUUUAUUGGCGAUCAAAAGAAGAACAAGUUGGUAGGCUUGAGAGGCUUCAAUAACCAAUUGAUGCAAUUAAAGAAGAUAUGUAACCAUCCGUUUGUUUUUGAAGAAGUUGAGGACCAUAUUAACCCAACUAGAGAUACAAAUAUGAACAUUUGGCGUGUUGCUGGUAAGUUUGAACUUCUAGAAAGAAUUUUGCCCAAGUUGAAAGCCUCCCGCCAUAGAGUACUGAUUUUUUUCCAAAUGACACAGAUUAUGGAUAUUAUGGAAGACUUUUUGAGAUAUAUUGACAUCAAAUAUUUAAGAUUGGAUGGUCAUACAAGAUCAGACGAACGUGGUGAACUUUUGAAGCUUUUUAACGAUCCAAAUUCUGAGUACUUUUGUUUCAUCCUGUCUACUAGAGCUGGUGGGUUGGGUUUGAAUCUUCAAACUGCAGACACAGUUAUCAUUUUUGAUACAGAUUGGAAUCCGCAUCAAGAUUUGCAAGCUCAAGAUAGAGCCCAUAGAAUUGGUCAGAAAAACGAGGUGCGUAUCAUUCGUUUGAUCACGACAAACUCUGUAGAAGAGGUCAUUCUUGAAAGGGCCUAUAAGAAACUGGAUAUUGACGGUAAAGUUAUUCAAGCUGGUAAAUUUGAUAACAAAUCAACAGCUGAAGAACAAGAGGCUUUACUGAGAUCCCUAUUAGAAGCUGAAGAAGGACGUAGGAGAAGGAGAGAAGCUGGUAUAGAAGAAGAAGAAGAACUGCGAGACAAUGAGAUCAACGAGAUUUUGGCUAGAAGUGAAGAUGAUCUAGCUCUAUUCUCUAAGUUAGACACUGAGAGGGAAGAAGCUGAUAAGGCUAUGCAUAUUAACAGUAGAUUGAUGACCCUUGACGAACUACCAGAGAUAUAUCACAGAAAUAUUGACGAAGAAUUAAAGAAAGAAGAAUCUGAAUCUGCAGAAACUUAUGGUAGAGGGACUAGAGAACGCAAACAAAUGAUUUAUUCUGAUAAUAUGUCUGAAGAACAGUGGUUAAAACAAUUUGAGGUUAGUGACUCUGAGGAUAAAGAUCCAAACAAAAUAAUGGAAUUAAAAGAUGACGAAACAGAUGUAAACUCCAAUACCAUCAAAACUGAAUCCAAUGAGGCAAUACGAUCAAGCAGUAUAUCUAUCCCUAGCAGUCCGACACAAACUAUGAACAAUACACCAGAAACAAAUGAUUUGGAUUCGGACAGUGGGGAAUACGCGAAGAAGAGAAAGGCUCCAUCCACUAGACCGCGUGGUCGUCCAAAGAAAAUAAAGACGGAUGAUGGAGAAAAUAAUCCUACAGAGUCCAUUACAGGUGACGUUGGUGAUAAUACCGAGGAUGUUGUUAAAAGGGCUGGUAAGACUUCAAUAAAGUCUGCAAACACUUCAUCCAGGGGUCGUGGCCGAGGCCGUGGUAGAGGGAAGCCUAGAGGACGUGCCGGUAUGCGUGGACGUGGUAGACCGCCCAAAUCAAAAAACGGAAUGGUUUACGUUCGUAUGCUACCCGAAGAUCCAGUCUCUGAAGAGGAGCGUAAGGGUAUUGCAGAACAAGCUACGAAACUAUACGAUUUUGCCUUGAAUUAUGUCAAUAGUGAUGAAAGAAGACUAUCUGACAUAUUUUUGGUUAAACCUUCUAAGCACUUGUAUCCUGAUUAUUAUUUAAUCAUAAAAUACCCUAUUGCAUUUGACACAAUAAAGGAUGCAAUAGACAGACUACAGUAUAACUCAAUAACGGAGGUGAUGGAGGAUUUCCACCUAAUGUUUGCAAAUGCGCGUGUUUACAAUACAGAAGGUUCUAUUAUUUACGAAGACGCCAUAGAACUGGAAGAUGCCAUGCUACAAAAGUAUGUGGAAAUUACAAACGAUACUGCUACUCUUGAUUUCACUGAAUUUGAUGCGAAGUAUGGGACUAAACCAUUGCAUAUACAGGAACCAGAAACUCAUUCCACUAACGAAAACACCCCUCAAGACUCAUCAAAAGAUAUAAUAUAA